AUGUCAGCGUGCUGUUCAUUCUUCGUUGGGCUCUUUCGCAUGCUGUACGACAAGUGGAAGGUGGUCAAUUGGAUCGAGAGACCCCACACGAGCAUACUGCAACGCAUGGAUGAAGUGACGACGCUGGCAGCGAAGGAACGCUGCUACCAACGUCAAGGAAACGGCAGCAAGAAAGGAAAGCUUGGAUCUGAGCGAGAUACCAAAAAGGAAAGACCUAUGCAGCAGAAGGACAAGGGCAGCAACAUGGACAAUAUAGAACCAAGCGAGCUGACGCCAGAUGUUGGCGUGGAGCAUGGAAGUGCUGGGCCAUCCACCCUCACCGACUCCAUGCUACCAACCUCAGCAAUGCUCCCCUUGACUACGACAUCUUCCAUUGAUCGAGACGACAGUGGUGAGGGGGAAAACUCUGGAUUAAGCCGCACAAGGGACACCGGACAACUACCUCCAAGGGGCGGAGCGGGCAAGAAGUUCCAGGCAAAGGACGAGUGGCGCAGGGCUGGUGAUCGGUUCUAUGGGUUCCUGGAAUCUGGGAUGAAAAGAGCCAAGGGGUGGCUGUGGAAGAGAGAGUAG